UUUUUAGAACAAUCACUUUCAGAGGACGUGAUCAGGCCGCAAGAUGCAGCUAGUGUUUUCUCGGCUGUGUAUACCAACCCAGAGGGAGUUGACGUUGCACUAGAUUUUCUUGUCGAAAAUUUUGACCGCAUUGAAAAAGCGUAUGUAGCAUUAAAUGCCGUAAGGAAUGUUGUCACUGGUAUUGCAAACUACCUCACUAAAGCGGAGCAGAAGACUAAAAUGCAAACACUGAUUGUCAACAACCCAGAUUCAUUGAAUACACCUGGGAAGAUAGCGCUGGCUACUAUAGACACAAAUCUUGACUGGUUGAACAAAUAUAAGGAUGAGGUUCUUGAUGCGAUAGAAAAUCAAUUAUCGAAAGAGACACGCGGGGUUGCUUUG